AUGGCAGAUAAUACUGCAUCCAACGGCCAUGGCCAACACAACGAGAGGCGGCAGAACACGUCCGCAACGACAGCAGGGAGCCCCACCAAGGAUGAGCCCCGCGCCAACAACUCGUACCGCCAGUCUGUUCAACCAGGACGGGACCUGCACUAUUACCGCACCUUCCUAGAGGAUCUGGUCGCGGUCGUGCGUGAUCAUGAUGCCGACACCGUCUCCCGAAUCGUGGCUCUCAUCCGCUCUGGUGCGUCGAAUGAAGAGAUCUACCUCGCCAUUCAACAACUCCAAGCCCACUGA